AUGUACAGUGUAGUUUUAGCUUUACCAUCUCUCUUUGUGAUAAUUAGUGCAGAAAUAGUUAUAAAUAUUGCGGCAGGAAAUAAUAAAUCAGACGUACGAAUAAAUUAUUCUGGAGUUGAUGUAGAUAUUAUUGGUGAUAGAGAAAUUGAACUUUUUCAUCUCGAUAGUUUCACUUUAAAACGAGCUGUAAAGAAGAAAUAUGAGGUGGUUCCUCGGGACGUCUUCUUAAAAGGUCCAACACCAUGGGGAGAUUUAUACAAAACGUAUAAUUGGCAAGAAGUGACUAGAGUACUAGAAGUAAAAUCUGCGAAACUAAAACACAGCGCUGUAAAAUCAGUUGUAGUACUUUCUCAGGACUUCGAAAAUUCAGUCAAUAAUCCGAUCAAAGUGAAUGCUGGAAUUAGUCAAACUGUUGAAAACACAAUUGCAACGACGUGGUCUAGAACUCAAGAAACAACAUUUUCUCAGGAAAUCGAAUAUAAUUUAAAUGUUAUAUUGGCAAAAUUGUCUGGGACUACCAGUUUUUCUUAUACUUCCACAGUAGGCAAGAGCCAAGAAAAGUCUGAAUCUGUGACAGUAGGUACGACUACUGGUAUGGAGGUUGAGUUGAAGCCUGGACAGUCAGUAUCAGCAGUGCUGUCAGCGAAUAGAUAUAAUUUGGAAGUCGAAGUGGUGUAUGCAGUAACAUUGAGGGGACAAGUAGCAGUGAACUUUAGGAAACCGUACAAGGGACAUCAUUUUUAUGGGCCAUCGAUAGGUAGUAUCUUGAAAAGUGGAGGACUAGACACAGAAGUAACGGUAGUGGAAAACAUUCAGCUCGGCCUGUUCACAGACGCUUCGUUAAGAGUAUAUGAUAAAGUUACUGGAUUACCAUUGUAACUUAAAGAAUUGUAACUGAAAGAAUUUGUAACUGAAAAAUUUUAAUACCUUUUUUUUUGGAUAACUAUAUAGGUAUAUAGGCCACUUAAAAGUUACCGUUGUAAAAUACAAUAAAAUUUUAUUUUGUGUAUUAAAUGUGAUGUAUAAAAAAAAAUUAAAAA